UUAUGAAAAAUUUGAAGUAGAUAAUAAAAAAAAGUAUUAUUAUUAAAUUAUUUAAAAGUGCUUACACAAUAUAAUUAAAAAAAAAUAAUUAAAUUAAAUUAAUUUUUAUAAUGAGAACUGAUAAUGUAUUUAACAUUAUAAUAAAUUUGUAUACUAAUAAUUUUAAUAUAAAAAAAUUUAUAAAAAUAAAAGUGCAAUAUUUUGGUGAGAGGGGUGAAUAUUGAAGAGCAAGGAUUUAAAAUAAAGAACGAGUAUAGUGCAAUAAAACAUAAAUAAUAAAAAUUUUGUUAACAAAAUUUUAAUAUCUCUCUUAUUUUUAUUUUAAAUUGGAUCAUAUCCAAAACUUAAGCUAUAAAAAGUUAUUUUCGUUUCAGAAUGAAAAUUAUUAUAUCCGUACUUCUGACUUUAAUUGUGUUAAUCUUACUUAUUAUUUUAUUUACAUUUACUGGUGAACCGGAUUAUUCAUUAGAAAGUCGUGAUAUUGAAAUUGAAUGGAUUAAAUAUAAAGAAAAAUUUAAUAAAAAUUAUGAAGAACCAGAUGAAAAUGAACGAAGAAAACAACUUUUUACAAAAUCAAGAAAUUUCAUUAAAGAACACAAUCAACGUUACGCAAAAGGUUUAGAAUCAUAUAAUUUAGGAUUAAAUAAAUAUGCUGAUUUAACUGAUCAAGAAUAUAUUGGAUCUGUUAAUAAACAUGUUGAUGAAACGGAUCUAAGUCUUAUAAAUGAUAUUGAUGAUCAUCAUGAUGAUAAUGGUAUCGAUGAAGAUUACGGAAAUUUAAAUAAUUUUAUAAAUGUAACUGAUGAACAAAAAAAUUUUAUAUCACGUAAUACAAUUGAAUAUAAUUACAGUUAUAUUGAUAAUAUUCCAGAUAAUGUUAAUUGGGUUAAAUUAGGAUAUGAUAAUCCUGUAUUAGAUCAAGGUAAUUGUGGUAGCUGUUAUAUAUUUUCAAGUUUAUCAGCAAUUGAAGCACAUUAUUUUAUAAAAUAUAAAACAUUAGUACAAUUAUCACAUCAAGAACUAUUAGAUUGUUCUCAUAUGUAUGGUAAUUAUGGUUGUGAUGGUGGUUAUAUGGAAGAUGUAUAUACAUAUAUAAUGCUGCAUGGUAUUGGAUUAGCAGAUCAAAAUCCAUAUCUAGGUACAGAUUCAAAUCAAUGUAAACAAAGAAAACCAAGAAUAUAUGUUAAGAAAAAAUUUUAUAGUGGUAAAAUGAAUGAAUUAGAAUUAAAAGAAGUUAUAGCACGUUAUGGACCAGUUACAUCAUCAAUUAAUGCUGGAUUAGACACAUUUAAAUUCUAUAAAAGUGGUUUAUAUUAUGAUCGUAAUUGUCAUAAAGGUAAAUUAGAACAUGGUGUUGCAACAGUUGGUUAUGGUAUUACAGAAAAAAAUAAAGAUUAUUGGUUAAUAAGAAAUUCAUUUGGUCCGAAUUGGGGUGAAAAUGGUUAUAUGCGUAUAGCUAGAAAUCGUGAUAAUCAUUGUGGUUUAGCAACAUAUUAUUUAUUUCCACAAUUUUAAUUAAAAUGUAUUAUAAAUUUUGUAAUAAAUAUUAUACAUAUUGAAUUAUAUUAAGUUUAUAUAAUUUAUAAUUAUACCGUGUAUAUUUCUUUAUUAAAUUUUAAUUAUUUAG